UUUGACAAAGCACACGUCCCAACGCUGCUCCUAGCUCUCCUCAUCCUCAUCACACCACCGACGACACCGGGGUGUAGAGUGAGCUGCUGUCUGCUAGUUUAUUUUUUUAUUUUUUCCUCAUAACUUCCCACACUUCAACCCCCCUCUGUUCGCCCACCGUUUUUCAUCCAGGAUUCUUUUUCCAAGCCGUGUUUUUCUACCUUUGCUACAUUUCUUCCUGCUUUUGCUUGCUGCAAGCAUCUACAACUUGUGCCACGAGCCUGUAACAAGUGUGCGCGCGUGCGUGUGUGUGUUGGACCGUGUAUGAAGAGAUCUGCAACAACGUAUUAGUCAUCAAGAACCUGCGAAGUACCUUUUCAAGACAACUGAUAAAGACAUCCAGCGGUGUAUCAUUGGGUGGUUUCAUUAGAGCUACGGUAAUCAUUUACCAUCAAGCAAAAAAGAAAAAAACAGUCACUUAAAAGAUACUUAUCGAAAUCAGCGAAAGUGUUCAAGCAAGUGUGGUUCGAGUUUAUGGGAAAAUAUGGGCAGCCCCUGGAAAGGCUUUGUUGAAUUUACCAUGCCUGCGUCGCCACCCACCACGUUCGUUAGCGCUGACCUGAGCAGCACAUCCCCAGUCGGACUCAGCCUGUCGCCAUAUGGCCGAUCUCAUAGCCAAGUGCAAGCCAAAAUGUCAAAAGUGGGAAGGGGUACUUCUGAGCCCCCGGUGGCUCGCAGCACCGGCGCAUCCACCUCGACCGCUCCCAUGUCUAUUCCCCGCUCCUCGUCAGUCUCUUGCCACCACCUGUCAGGAAGUAAAAAACACAAGCGGACUCCCUUGUAUCAGAGAUCAAUGAGUUUUGACCCAGGAAUGCUCCAUAACAAUGGGCACACUGCAUAUGCUAAUGGUACAGGUCCUGGCAUUAGAGAGAUGGGAGUGAUAGAAAAGCUUCUGAAUUCCUAUGGCUUCAUCCAGUGCUCUGAACGACAGGCUCGUCUGUUUUUUCACUCUUCACAAUACUGUGGCAACCUGGAGGACCUCAAAAUAGGAGAUGAUGUUGAGUUUGAAGUGUCCUCUGACAGGCGCACUGGCAAGCCCAUAGCAGUGAAGCUGCUAAAGAUUAAGCCAGAGGUGCUGCCAGAGGAGCGCAUUUCAGGCCAGGUGGGGCCAGACUUGCACGCCUAUCCCUUUACUGUGCUGCAUGGUUAUAUUCAUCCAGUUGUCUCCUCAAUUCCUGGAACUUUAGACGGGAAAUCCGCUCCCGGCCAGGUGCCCACUGGAAGUGUCUGUUAUGAGCGUAAUGGGGAAGUGUUCUACCUUACCUACACUCCGGAUGAUGUGGAGAGCAAUACUCACCUGGACACUGGUGACAAAGUCACCUUUUAUAUGGAGACUAACAAGCAUACUGGUGCGGUCAGCGCUCGUAAUAUUCAACUUGUCAAGAAAAAGCACAUGAGGUGCCAGGGUGUGGUGUGCGCUACAAAGGAAGCUUUUGGUUUCAUCGAGAGGGCUGAUGUAGUAAAGGAGAUCUUUUUUCACUACAGUGAGUUUAAGGGCGAUCUUGAGGCCCUGCAGGCGGGAGAUGAUGUUGAGUUCACAAUCAAAGACAGAAAUGGUAAGGAGGUUGCCACAGAAGUCAAACUUCUCCCUCAAGGAACUGUAAUCUUUGAGGAUAUCAGCAUUGAACAGUUUGAAGGAACCGUCACCAAGGUCAUCCCUAAGGUUCCCACUAAAAACCAGAAUGACCCUCUCCCAGGCCGUAUCAGUGCUCGAAUUGGAUUCAGUGACAAAGAAAUGCCGUUUGGUGAAAAGGACACAAAGUCAAAGGUGACUCUUUUGGAGGGCGACCAUGUGCAAUUCAACAUCUCCACCGACCGCAGAGACAAGCUGGAGAGGGCGACCAACAUUGACAUUCUCUCUGACUCCUUUGAUGUUACUAAAGAGACUCGUGAAAUGGGGGUGAUAGCUGCUAUACGCGACGGCUUUGGCUUCAUUAAGUGUGUAGAUCGCGACGCUCGGAUGUUCUUCCACUUCAGUGAAGUCCUGGAAGAGAGCCAACUGCACAUAUCUGAUGAAGUGGAGUUUACUGUCGUGCCUGAUAUGCUCUCUGCUCAGAGGAACCAUGCCGUGCGCAUCAAGAAGCUGCCUAAGGGCACAGUGUCCUUUCAUACACAGUCUGAGCAGCGCUUUGUGGGCGUGGUGCAGAAGGAUGUCGUGUCAGCCACUGCGAAAAAUGCCAGUCCAAGCAAGGUCAAAGAGAAGGAACCAGAGGAUGGAGUGAUCGCCUACGAAGACUGUGGAGUGAAACUUACUGUGACAUACCAUACAAAAGAUCUGGAGGGAUCACCUCGUCCACAGGUUGGAGACAAGGUGGAGUUCUCUAUCAACGAAGUGAAAAGAAGCGGCCAGCAGAGUGCCGUUUCCAUCCGAGUGGUUAACCGUAGCGCCUGCGGUGGCAAGAGGCUGAAAGGCUUCAUCGCCACACUGAAGGAUAACUUUGGCUUCAUCGAGACCGCAAAUCACGACCAGGAGAUCUUCUUUCACUAUAGUGAAAUGUGUGGGGACUUGGAUGAUCUGGAGUUGGGUGACACAGUGGAAUAUACGCUAUCCAAGGGAAAGGGAAAUAAAGUCAGUGCUGAGAAGGUCACCAAAGUGGCUGCUGUAAAUGGCAUUGGGGAUGAUGUUGGCACGACAGUGAUGGUGGGGAAAAUCAUCCGUCCAAUACGCAGUGUGGACCCCUCUCAGACAGAAUAUCAGGGGCUUAUUGAAGUCCUUGAGGAAGGUGGUGGUGGUAAAGGCCAGAGUUAUCCCUUUGGGAUCAUGGGUAUGGCUAACAAGGUUGUCUGUCUGCAAAAAGGAGAACAAGUGAAAUUCCAGGUUUGCACAAUACCUCAGACCGGACAGAAGAUGGCCUGUAAUGUGGUGCCCCAACGUCGAGCCUUGGUGGAGUGCGUCAAAGACCAGUUUGGUUUCAUCACAUACGAAGUUGGUGACAGCAAGAAGCUUUUCUUUCACGUCAAAGAAGUCCAAGAUGGCUUGGAGCUCCAGACUGGAGAUGAAGUGGAGUUUUCAGUUGUCUUUAAUCAACGCACAGGAAAAUGUAGUGCCUGCAAUGUGCGCAGAGUCAGUGAGGGGCCAAAACCGGUAGUAACUCCACGUCCCGACCGUCUGGUCAACAGACUGAAGAGCAUCACUCUGGACGACUCUAGUGCCCCUCGUCUCGUCAUCGUUCGACAGCCACGUGGUCCGGACAAUUCAAAGGGCUUCAGUGUGGAGCGCAAGACUCGCCAGCCUGGUGUCAUUGACUGAGCGACACUCUUUGGUGCUGGUCGAAGCGGGGAAGGGGGUCGGUUUUUUGGGGGGGGGGGAAGACUAGUGAACCCGAUAUGUCACGCUACGCUUAAAACCCAGAACGUACGCACACAAUGCAGCAAUUGGCCCACAUAAUUCAUGGAGCCAUGGAUAAUGCGGGGCAAGUUUUCCCCCCCAGCCCCACCCCUGCCCCCGCCUUCAUCGUAUGAUGUUCUUGAUGAGUGCACAUGAGAUCUCUUGAGCGUGUGCAUGUGUGAUGUAUCAUCGCUGUGAGUAGGGACAGGGGCUCGUCCCACUAAAUCAGACUGUGUGGCCGUCUGUGCCCCCCAAUUGUUUUGGAAUGAGCGUUUUCUGGAAUUCUGCACCUGUCAAUGUGUCCAUUUGUUGAGUUGAUGUGAAUGAGUGUGCGCGCAUGCGUGACUGCAUGUCUUUUGAGUGUCUUUUCCAAGAUAUUGUUUUCCCCGAGUUUGUUUGCUUCUUUACCUACAGACACUUGAAAUGGUUUCUUUGUGAGAUUUCUGCUACUGUAUGCUUUCCUACAAAAUGCAUAAAUUAAAAGUUCCCUCCAUAAGGAGGAUCAUAUUUCUCAUGGGCGAGCUUCAACCGAGGAUUUUUCUCUGCUCGUUUUUUUAGCAGUUUUUAAAAUGCUUGACUUGAGAGCUUUUUGAAAGCAUGGGUUGUGUGUGUGUGUAUUUGCGAUUCUAAGGGGAUUUAAUUUUACCAAGCUGGAGCCUUUCAAUACUUUUUUUUGGUAUUCACAAGCUCCACUAAAGCAAUUUCUCCCAGGUGCAGAAUUCCUUGUGGCAUCUUUAUAUCUGCAAUUCUUUUUUUUUUUUUAAGUAUUAUUAUUUGCACAUGUUGCUUUUUCCAUCGAAACUCAUUCUUCUAUGAGAAACAAGGUGCCUAAAAAAACCUACAAGCAAAAUAAAGAGGGGGUAGUGGGGCUUUAAAAGGUUUGUUUGUUUCCCAGCCAGCCACCGAUAUAAAGAACAAUCUUAGAAUGGCUUUCUUGUUAAGUAGAGAUAAUGAUAUGCAUCCCAAACCUCUGGGUUAAACAAUACUGUAUGUAAUGUGUGCUUUUUUUCCCUUAGUUAAAAUCAGACUUCAUAUAUAAGAGAACAAAUUUAUGGGGGGGGGGGGGGAGUAAAGUAUUAGAAACUACGUCUAAAAACAAAAAAGGAAAAAAAAACAACAGAAUCAGGAUCAGUCUGCAGAGAUCACUGGGUUUCAGUUGAACCGCGUACAGAGGUUCCUAUGUACGUUAAUGGUCUUGAAUGAAUAAGCAAAUUAAAGUUUUAUGAAAAUCAA